UUACUUACCCCCAAACAUUCUGUCUCUCUCUCUCUCAAUCUCACAGAUUUGUUCCUCCUCUCUCUUCAGUAAACCACUUGAAUUCUCUCGAGCUGGAUCCUUACGCCCAUUCGCCUCCCAGAAAAUUUCUCAAAUUUAAAUUGAAACUCUCUGAUUUGCUUGGAAGUUCCCAAUUCACUAUUUCUAGGGUUUUUGCCCUUUUUCUCGGGGGUUUACGCUAAAGGGUAUGAAUCAUCCGAUCUCUCCCUACAGAAGCUUAAUUUCGGAGCGUCUCUACAGUAAAUGACGAGUAACGGCGGGGAGAGGAUUCACACGGUACAGCCGGAGAGAGAUUUGGUGGCGAAUUGGGAAGUUGAUUUGUCGGAGAAGCUAGAAGAGUACCUCCUCAAGAUAUGUACCGGAGAAAUCACCGGAAACGAAGAAGAAGAUGGGAAGAUUCCUGUUAAUUUCGCGGAAGCUGCUUUGUUGCUUCAGGGCUCGGUUCAGGUUUACAGCAAGAAAGUUGAGUACUUGUACAAUUUGGUCUUACGUACAUUGGAGUUUCUAUCCAAGCAAAGAGACCAGGAAGAGUCCAAAGGUACAUCAAACGAGGCUGAGGCAAGCUCCUCUCGUCAGGUUGAUGAAGAAGAAAAUGAUCUCUUCUGGAACGUGGAUGAUAUCCCAGUGGACGCAAAGAAUAGCUUGGACGACUUCGUUGGUGGAGAUUCCUGCCCAAAUCAGUUUGUUAAGCCUCCAGCAAAUCUAGUUGUUCUUGAAGGUGACUGCUUGGAUACUAGCGGUGACGGAGGAGAGCUGGAAUCUUAUCUGUUGGCAACUACACAUCUCUACCGGGAUUUUAUUCUAUUAGACCCAUGUGAUGCUGUAGUGGUAAAUGAAUUUUUAGGUGAUAGCUACGCUGGUAAAAGAAGGAACAGUGCUCGUAGAGGCAGCUCAGCUCGUAAAAGUUUUCACUCACCAGUAGGACGUUCUGGAGGAAGCGCUCGCAGAUCGUCUGUGGGAAAGAAUCAAGGAACCAAUUUCAACCAGUCACCAGUAAAUGGGAAUGGUCCCGAUGCUCAAAACUGUGACCAAGGGUGUCAGUCUCCUCCUGCCUUUGGAGACAAUGAUCAUGGCUUUGACAUGGAUAACGACCAUGGAGGAACAAUGGAUUUGAGUGAUACAGAUGCUGAUGAAGAUGAUCCAUGGAAGCCAUUGAAUCCCUAUGAGCCAGGGAAUUUGAAAGUGAAGCCUUUUAAAAAAGUUAAAACUUUGAGAAAGUUUGGAGCGAGCCUUACCAAGGACCAUAUGGCUACCAUGUUUCCUCUUGCUAGACCCAACGGUCCCAUCAGUGCAGAGCUGAGCGGAAUUUGGGAGAAACGCCGUCCUUCUAGUAACAAUGAGAGAGAACCACAAGACAUUCCCUAUUACGAGAAGCUUCGAGCAUUGCUUGUGAAUGGAGGAAACCAACCUACUGAUGCUAACAGCAAUCACAAGGAGGGCGUUAAGGAUAACAAUGAUGAAGCUAAUAAUGGCGACUUUAAUGAUUUUGGAGAUCAUGGUGGUGAUGAUCAUGAACAUGCGUUCAUGGAUGAAGAUGGUCCAGGCAUGAAUCAUGAUGGUGGAGCUGCAGAUUUCCCCAACCACGAUGGGUUUGGAAACGACGACUCGCAUUGUCAGGAAAGCUUGGAAGAUCUUUGUCGCUCACACCUGGAUGCUCUUCUUGCUAACAUAGCUAAAAGUGAGAAGCAAACGGAUCUAGCUGCUCGGGUUUCAACUUGGAAACAGAAAAUCGAGCAAAACCUAGAAGAACAAGAGCUGCACCCUCCUUUUGACAUUCAAGAAUAUGGAGAAAGGAUUGUCAACAAACUCACUGUUGAAGAGAGUGGAGACGCCGAGACCUUUACUGAUCUCAUGAAAGACCAAGAAAAGCACGAUGUAGCCCGGGCUUUCUCCGCGCUUCUCCAGUUGGUGAACAAUGGAGACGUUGAGCUCGAGAAACCUGGGAACUCGGUAGGCGAACCAGUGUGUUAUACAGCGGUGAAUCCUUUCAGCGUUCGGUUACUCAGUGAUCGUAACAGAAAGGCUGAGAAAACUGAAAUGCGCUUACCCCGGAAACGAGAAAAAUCCCCCACAGCCAAAGGCAAAUCUCCAGAGUCACCACCACCAAAGAAGGCAAACAACACAUGUUCUGUCUCAAGCCAAGAGACUAGGAAAGUGUCCUUAGAGAUAUCAAAGAUGAACAAUGUCGGCACUAAGUGCACACGGAAGAGCAAGAAGAGAUGAAAAAGUUCGAUCUGAUGAGGUAGUAAGGCUAGGUAACUGAAGUUUCUUCAGAGUCAAAAUCACUCAGCGGAAAAUUGUAAAGCUAAAAUGGCUAAUGACUACACAAAUUAGAUUAUAGAUUUUAUCAGACAGUUAGGAAACUCCGUAACUGUGAGUUAUGUAUAAUGAAGGCACUGUCUGAAGUAGUAGCAGCCUAUUUAGUUGUAAUAACAAUCAAAUACCACUUUUGAUGAUCUCUUUAACUUAUUAGGGAGCGUGAUUUUGGAAUUUCCUUAAGGUUUGGAUUGUAGUUCAUAAAGUGAAGUUCCUUUUUAUCUCAAGG